AUGCUGAUUUUCAUUUUACAUGGUUUGGGAGCAUCCAAGACUGACAAUGAAAUCCAACUUUGUGGAGAGAUUAAGCAGCUUUUAAAAGAUGCUGCUUCCUUUUCGCAGCCGUCUACAUUUGCACAAUCAGCCAAACUUAAGAGGAUGGUCAUAACUAAUGUUGUGCUAAUCUUUUGGUUUUGGAGGUCUACUGUUGCUUCCAUAUCUCAAAAAAUUGUGCAACCAAUUGGUAAUGAACUACAACGAUUUUGGCAAAUUCUUGUGUUAUAUUUUACCUCUUUUUCCUCUCACUGGUUAAUAACAAUUUGUCCAAGCAUGCAUGGGUCAUUCCAUCAUAUACCUAUCAAGUUUGGUAGGGCUGUAGACAUGCUUCUUAGUGACAUACUCCAGAAAUUAAAGUUUUUCCUUGAGCAAUUGGAUUGGAGGAUAACACAAAAUUUAAGAAAACCAGUUGUUCUAUCCUGGAAGACACGGGAUUCUUUAAACAACAAUGUCCUGGUUGGAAUCAUAUCCUGGUUGAUAUUGUGUACCAAGGUUAGCAAGUUUGUUGGUCGACUGGUCUAGAAGAACCAAGGGCUUAUCCAGCAAAAUAGUUUUAUUAACAUGCCCUUCCUCCUUGGAGAACCGUGAGAAUGAUGGUGGGUGAAUGCAAUUGUUCUCUCUACUUAUUGGAGCAUAUCCAUCAAACAAUCAUGGAUUGUUUUUCCAACAUUGUGCUUAAGUGAUUGGAGGAUGCUGCUGUGAUAUCUAGUAAUCAUCUAUUUGUACUUGUAGUGAUGAAGAACAAGGCAAAAGACCCAAGGGGGCAUGCAAUUCCAAAAUAUGGACACAUGGUAGGGAAGCUAAGAAUUUUCUUGUGUAGGAUAUGGUAUUUACAAUAGCAUACUUUUUAUUUACUUGAUAGAGAGGAUGCAUUUGUUAAGACAAAAUUGACUGUAUGACUGACAUAAGUCUCUAUUGUUAGUUUGAGCC